AUGACUAUAGCAAUGAUUGAACAGCUGAGAGAAGCAGUAGAUUUGCUGCAAGAUCCCAACAGAUUAAGCAUUGAUAUUACAGAGAAAAAUGUGAUAAACUUUUAUCCUAAGGAAUCAGCAGAAGGCUUAGAAUUACAAGAUUCUGCACUGAAUGGUCAAAUGCAGCGGGAGCCAUCUCCGGUGUGUGAGGUGCAAAAUAAUCCAACGCCACAGAGUAAUGGGAGCGAGUAUUCUCCAGAUAAGAUUGGAGAAAACUCCCCCGAAGUCUCUCCAACCACCAGCAGUGCAGCUCCAUUUGGCCUGAAACCUCGAUCAGUAUUUCUAAGACCUCAGAGAAAUUUGGAAUCUAUAGACCCACAGUUUACAAUUCGGAGGAAAAUGGAACAAAUGAGAGAAGAAAAAGAACUGGUGGAACAACUCCGUGAGAGCAUUGAGAUGAGACUCAAGGUCAGCCUGCAUGAAGACCUGGGUGCUGCGCUCAUGGAUGGUGUUGUCCUCUGCCAUCUGGUCAAUCACAUCCGCCCGCGAUCUGUUGCAAGCAUCCACGUCCCCUCACCAGCAGUUCCCAAGCUUAGCAUGGCCAAAUGCAGAAGAAAUGUGGAAAACUUUUUGGAAGCAUGCCGAAAAUUAGGAGUACCAGAGGAAAAGCUAUGUCUACCCCAUCACAUCCUUGAAGAGAAAGGCCUGGUCAAAGUGGGCAUUACUGUUCAAGCAUUGCUAGAUGUACCUAUAAUGAAGGCUGUAUUCACAUGA